AUGGACAUCGCAAACGACCUCAUCUACCGGCUUGAUUUGGCGCGUGAUUUGAAAGAGAUUUCUGUUGCCGAGCACCGCCUCGGUGUUGUGGCUGCGGAGUGCUCCAUUGGACAGAACUCCGUGCACAUCGAAGAUGAGCCUACGACUUUCUCUCGGGGAGGCCCGUUCCUGGUGCAGCUUGAGACCAAGCCAGACCGGACCAAGGUGCUCAAGCUGGACCAGCUCCCGGCCAUGCUUCAGAAGGUGAUCGGGGCAGACGUCCUCGUCUUCAACACCGGCCACUGGUGGACGCACACCGGCAAGCUCAGGGCCUGGGACCAUCUGGAGAGAAACGGGAUGCUGGUGAAGAUGGAAGGAGAGGAAGCAUUCAGCAGAGCGCUGAGGACAUGGGCGAGAUGGGUGGAUCACAACGUGGACCAGACCAGAACCAGGGUCUUCUUCCGAAGCGUCUCGCCUGAACACAAAGGUGCGAACUGGUGCUACAAUCAGACGGCCCCCAUCGCCGCGGACGAAGCGAUCGUUCCAUGGUUCCCGAAGAGCAUGGUGUCCAUCGUCGAGGGGAGCAUACGGAGCAUGAGGACGCCGGCCACGUACCUGAACAUCACGCGCCUUUCCGAGCUCAGGAUCGACGCGCACCCUUCGGUGUACUCGAUCAACAGGGAUGGGAAGCCUCUGUCGUUGGAGCAACGGCGGCGGCCGGUGGUGUAUGCUGACUGCAGCCACUGGUGCCUGCCGGGGUUGCCUGAUACUUGGAAUGUGCUUUUGCUUGCUUCCUUGACGAGAUAUCCCUCCUCUAAUGUACACUUGUAGCUAGCCUUGUAGGAUCAGUAAAACACUACUGUACUUGUAAGACACAACAAUCUAGCUAGGCUGAUAUACUCUGUCUGGUUCCAAUUGACUAAUGCAUGGUGGGGAAAUGAGGCUGAAAUCAG